AUGGGCGUCUGGGUGACUCUACUCCGAGUGGCGACCUCUGCGGCUCAGUGCGGCAUGAUCCUGAGUCCGGGGCCCGAUAUUAUCAACGUCUACAAGCAGAAGAGCACGGGUGAGAUGGCGGCGCUUCCCUUGGUUGCAAUGGUCGUCAACAACUACUUGUGGUCCAUCUUCGGGUACCUGACCGAUAGCAUUUUCCCCCUCAUGGUGACCCAACUCUUCGGAGAGCUGGCGUCUGUCGUGUUCACGGUGUUUUACUAUCGAUACGCCGUCGACCGCCGCUCGCUUCACCGACUGCUCACUGGAGGACUGGCGUUCUGCGCCGUCCUCACAUUGUACGUCGUUCUCGGGGUCACAGGCGUCACGAACCAGAGCGACUACCACGUAGGCAAGACGCUGGGCUACGUCGGGCUGGUAGUCAACAUUUGGAUCAAGUCGGCGGCCUCGCUGCCGAUCAACAUCAGCGUCAUGAUGCUCUUCAGCACGGCGCUCUGGGUCUCGACAGCGAUCGUGGACGACGACGUGAUCAUCAUGUCCAUCAACAUCAUCGGCAUCAUGCUCAGCAUCACGCAGAUCGCAGUGUACAUGCACUACCAGCCGAACCGCUCGGUCGUCGCUCAAGAGGACAAGCAGCUGACGAUUGUCGUGUCCCCCAAGGGCGACAGCAUCAAGAGCCCAACGUACCAGCAAUUGGCGACACCGCAGAGAUUGACGACGUACAUGGCUACAUUCAUGAUGGCUACACAGCCGUUUUUGUGA